AUGCGCCAUGUUCCAGUUUCAAUUCGCCCUCGAAUUAGCGUGCAAUUCGCCUCAUCGUCCCUACACCCUCCCUUCCGCUCACUAGUCGCCCCUCCCUCCUACCCCGCCAUCGCCAUUCCCUCCCAUCCCGCCGCCACCUCUCACCCCGUCGUCGCCUCUCACUCCUCCCUGUCGCCUCUCCCUCACUCCCCGCCAUCGCCACUCCCUCCCAUCCCGCCAUCUCCACUACCUCCGAUCCCGCUGCCGCCUCUUCUCCCAUCCCGCCGCCUCUCCCUUCUCCCCGCCGUCGCCUCUCCUUCCCUCCCCGCCGUCGCCUCUCCUUCCCUCCCCGCCGUCGCCUCUCCUUCCCUCCCCCCCGUCGACUCUCCUUCCCUCCCCGCCGUCGCCUCUCCUUCCCUCCCCCCACGUCGCCUCUCCUUCCCUCCCCGCCGUCGCCUCUCCUUCCCUCCCCGCCGUCGCCUCUCCUUCCCUCCCCGCCGUCGCCUCUCCUUUCCUCCCCGCCGUCGCCUCUCCUUCCCUCCCCGCCGUCGCCUCUCCUUCCCUCCCCACCGUUGCCUCUCCUUCCCUCCCCGCCGUCGCCUCUCCGUCCCUCCCUGUAACGCAUGA